AUGAGAUUCGCUCGAAGUGGACUUUCUGAAAAACUUGAAGCUGCACUUCGUUUUUCUCCAGAUGACAUCGUUCUCUCUUUUCUCCACUCUUCGGUUCUUUCUGGACGAGAUGUUCUGAAGUUGAGCAAAAGUCGGAAUAUUGGAAUUUAUUUCACUAUCGUUUCACUUGUCCGAUUGUCAGAAAAAGUGCCAGACGAUGCGUCAAUUGGAGAAUUGAAUGGGAAAUACAAGAAUGACGUUCUUGUUUGUAAUGCAACAUUUUCUCGAGUUCUGAAUCCACUUGGUAUUUGGAAAAUCACCGGCGCAAAUUUCUUUCUACAGAACUAG